UCACAUAGCUCGCUCUGUACAGCAUGCAAGUUGCUUUUUUAAACACUGCAGUGUUUUAAUAGCAAUGCUAACUAAAUUCAAAUAUAUUUCGUAAAAAGGCAUAUUAGGAAAUUAUUAGGAAAAAUAUUUACAUUUUGCAAUUUAAUUUAUUGGCUUGUCCAAAAUCAUGGGAGGAUUCACUGGUCAGACUGACCUGUCUGUCUCUCAAGGAGUUCGGAUGAUGUUUUAUGUUCUGCAUCCAAAUGAAACCUCAUUUAAAUCCAUAGAUGAAGUACCAGAUUACGUGGAUAAGGCCACUGUAUAUUUUCUGGUUAUGUUGCUGCUUGAAGUAAUCAUCAGCUGGGCCUGGAAAGGAAAACCACUUCGCAUUAACGAUGGGUUGACUUCCCUUUCUGCAGGAAUCAUGUCUCGUCUGCCAGAUGUUGCCUUUCGAGGUCUUGAGGUGACUAUGUAUAUCUACAUAUGGAACAACUAUAAACUUGCUGAGUUGCCUUGGGACUCUCCCUGGACAUGGUGGCUGACAUUCCUUGGUGUAGAUUUUGGAUACUACUGGUUUCAUCGCAUGGCCCACGAGGUUAACAUCAUUUGGGCAGGACAUCAAACACAUCACAGCUCAGAAGAUUACAACUUAACCACUGCUUUAAGGCAGUCUGUUCUCCAAAAAUAUUUUUCUUGGAUGUUCUAUAUGCCAAUGGCUUUGUGUGUUCCUCCAUCAGUAUUUGCUGUUCAUCUUCAGUUCAACCUCCUUUACCAAUUCUGGAUACAUACUGAGUUAAUAAAUAAUCUUGGGCCAUUGGAAUUUAUCCUGAAUACUCCAAGCCACCACAGAGUCCAUCAUGGAAGAAAUCCAUAUUGUAUUGAUUCAAAUUAUGCAGGGACUCUGAUAAUUUGGGACAGGAUAUUUGGAACUUUUGUGCCAGAAAACGAGAAAGUUGUUUAUGGUCUAACACAUCCAAUAAACACAUUUGAACCCUUUCAGGUCCAGAUACAACAUUGUAUCUAUAUGUGGAACAUGUUUUGGGACACACCAGGUUUUUUCAAUAAAAUAUCUGUAAUAUUUAAAGGUCCAGGAUGGGGACCAGGCAAACCUCGUCUUGGUCUUCCUGAGGAGCUACCAAAGGUGACUGGAAAGGAAAAGCCUUAUGAUCCUCAAUUACCCAUGUAUCUACAGAUUUAUGCAACAAUUCAUUUUAUUUUAAUGCUUGGUGUUUAUCAGCACAUGUUUGAGGCCAAGCUGAUGUUAACACAGAUAACACUUCUCUUGAGAAUUGGUUAUAUCCUGCUAGCACUAACAUCUCUUGGAUUUAUUCUUGAAAAAAAACCAAAUGCAGCCAUGAUAGAAACCAUCCGAUGCUCUAUUUUUUUACUACUUCAAAAAUGCGACUGCCUAACAACAGACAUUCCUUCAUUUGAAUUCAUUUGUCAGAUCAUUUUUUCAAUUUGCAUCACAUUCUGGGGAUUUCAAGCCAUAAAAAGAGUUGUCUCCAAGACCGAAAAACACGAGUAAACACAAUUUCUUUCUCAAACUAGAAACAAUUCAUGAUAACCAUGUAACUAAUGUAAAAAUGUAAAAAAUAAAUGUCUAAAUAAAGAUGCAAUGUUUAAUUUGA